AUGGUUGGAUUGCCUGCCCGUGGCAAGUCGUUUAUCUCGUACAAGAUUGUGCGGUACUUGUCGUGGCUUUCGAUCAAAACCAAACUGUUUAGCGUUUCGUCUUAUCGUCGUGAGGAGUACCAGGUACAACCCACCGCCGACUUUUUCGACCCCAACAACGAGGAAAGUAAGAUCAUUCGCGAACAGGCCAAUGAGGACGCAAUCAAGGCCGUGAUCCAGUGGAUGAACGACGAAAACGGCUGUGUUGCUAUCUUGGACGGCUCUAACGUGACAAGACAGAAGCGGGAGAUGGUUGCCCAAGUGCUGAAAGAUCAUUAUGUGGAGCCUUUGUUUUUGGAGAGUUUCUGCGAUGAUGAGACCAUUGUCAAGUCCAACAUCCUGGACAUCAACUCCACGUCACCUGAUUACGUCGGCAAAUCCCAAAGCUACGCUCAGGAUGAUAUUCUCACCAAGAUCAAGUACUAUGAAACCCAUUACGAGCCCAUGGAUCUGGAGGCAGACAAAAACCUCAGUUUCAUCAAACUCAUCAACAUCAAUUCCCAGAUCAUCAUCAACAAGAUCGAGAGCUACUUGGAGAGCAGAAUCGCUUUCUACAUCAUGAACCUGCACAUCAAACCCCGCUACAUUUGGUUGUCGCGUCACGGAGAGUCUCAGUACAACUUGGAGGGCAAGAUUGGAGGAGAUGCGGACCUGAGUGAGCGCGGAAUGCAGUACGCCCGCAAACUGAAGGACAUGGUGAGCAAGUACGUUCCGAACCAUGAGAAGUUUGAGGUUUGGACCUCGACACUACGCAGAACACAGCAAACGGCACAAUUUCUGCCAAAUCCAAAGAAACAGUGGAAGGCCCUGGACGAGCUGGACGCCGGGUCCUGCGACGGACUCACCUACCAGGAAAUUGCCGAGCAGUUCCCUGACGACUUUGCAGCACGUGACGAAAACAAGUUCGAGUACAGGUACCGGGGAGGAGAGUCAUACCGCGACGUUGUUCAGCGACUGGAGCCGAUUAUCAUGGAGCUUGAGAACCAGGAGAACGUUCUGGUGAUCACUCAUCAAGCGGUGCUCAGAUGUAUCUAUGCUUAUUUCAUGAACUCUCCGCAAGAGAAGUCGCCAUGGAUGUCUAUUCCGUUGCACACUCUGAUCAGACUUGAACCUCGAGCGGAUGGAACUAUAGUGACCAGGAUCAAAGCCAACAUCCCGGCAGUAUCGACCUACAAGGAAAAGGGAACUUCGAAGCUAGGCGAGUCGGGAAAUGACGCCCAUACUAUGGCGGGCGAGGUGAUCACUAGUGAUCUACAAGGCCAUUGA